AGUUGGUUAAACUUCUUAUCAAUCUCAAGCUUCUCUCCAAGUGGAACCACUUUGCACGGCAGAUGCGGAGACUAAACUUCUUGCAGCCAAGUGCCUCCAUCCGCACCGUCUUGGCAAUUUUCGGAGCGGGGCGGGAUCCCUCGGAGUCAACGGGAUCUGAAUUAUGUUGUACUCAGUAGUACCUGCCUGGUUGCGAUCAUGCUUCAGCUGUUUCCUGACCAUCUGUCUUCACCAGCAGCUAGCUUAUUAAGCCAUGGCCCACAGCAAUUGCUCUAUAUAUUCAGUCACGACGCCCACCGAAAACCUGAGAAACAGACACGCAGAACAUCGCCGAUCAUGCUUUCCUCUCUUGUACUCGCCCUCGUGGGCAUCUUUGCGCCCUAUGUUGCUGCGAAGACCAACACGCCGGGCCUGGAGCUAGUCUACUCCCUUGAGCGUGCUACCCAGGGCAUCAGUAUCUCCGCCGAUGGCCGCAAAUUCCUGACGCAGCGUUACUCCACGACCGCCGCGCCCCAGAUCGUGGAGCUUCUCGCCGACAACAGCACCACCCUCUAUCCGGACGCGGCGUGGAACGCAUAUAACUCCAGUGACCCCAGCUCUGACCCGACCACGAGCUUUGUCAGCGUCGAUGGAGCGCGCAUCGGCCCGGAUGGCCGCUACUGGGUUGUUGACGGCGGCUCGUCGGGCGUCAAUGGCUCAACCAAGCUGGUGAGUGUCAACCUGACCACCAACGCAGUUGACAAGCUGUACUACCUGGACAACGUCAAGGCGGAGGAGAGCGGUGUCGAUGACGUCCGCUUCAACGCCGCUGGCGAUGUGGCCUACCUCAGCGACACCGCGGGGGCGCUCAUCAUCCUGAACAUGACGACCGGCGACGGCGUGCGUGUGCUCUCCGACCACUCUUCUGCUCAGGCCUGGUUCCCCAUGAUGUACAACCACACCCUGGUGCCUGGGUACGGCGCCGCCGGCAGCACCCUCGCCGUCGGCCUCGACCAGAUCGAAGUAUCCCCCGACGGCGUCUGGCUGUAUUACCAGCCCUGCAACGGCGGUCUGUACAAGAUCGAGACCGCCUAUGUUGACGCUGCUCUCACCAACGCUACCCUCGCCGCCUCGCUUGGUGACUAUGUCCAGGCUGUUGCUCUGACCCCCAGCACUGGCGGCACCACCAUCGACGGCAACGGCAACAUCUUAUGUGGGUCACUCCUGACAAAAAGCUGUGGCUGCAUACUUCCCAGAUGCGUCCGGGUGGUGAUGGCCUAAUGGCUACCGGCCCCAACUACAUCUUCACCUAUCCUAUCGAGGCCGGUCCCUCCCCAAUUGACCACGCCUAAUGAGUGACCGUACUGGACCUGUAACAUACUAUUGGCAUAUCACCCGCGUGUAUGAUGGCAUUGUGAUCGUGUAUAUCUAAGAAACGUUAUCUCGGCACGAGGCAGUAACAGAACAUACAACUCCUCCUUGAAAAUAACCUACUCAGAGCUUGUCUAUGAGUAACCUUUGCGUGAU